CAGAUAUCCCAGAUGGUAUCUUUUGCUGAAGCUCUCCAUGAGUACCACUCUCAGUGUGCUGAAAUUAUUCGAGAAUUAAAUGACAAACUUAUUGAACAGAAAAAUUUAGCUAUAGAACGUCCUCAUGUACAAUACCAACCAAAGAAACUGGAGGAACUGAAUAUUCCAGCCAUUCAAGAUGACAUCUCUCCUGGAGAUCUGCCCUCAAAUUACAAUGGUGGCUCACAUACUUACACAACAAUCUCAGCUUCACCAGCUCGGUCACCUGCAUCCUCUCCCAUUAACCCACGCCACCCUGAUUCACUGUUUUUAACUGGGCAUGGAAAUUUUUCCACUGGUGGUGCUACAUCACCUUAUCGUUCACCUAGCCGUUCUCCUAAUG